AUGUCGUUCGGCUUCCGGUCGCUCAUAGACGGCGCCAAGAAGUUCGCAAUCAACGGCGCAAACUCGUCCUCUGCACCGAUCACGGAGCUCUUUGCUAAGGCCGACCCAUCUAUUGACGGCGAUGACUGCAGCCACGACUGCUCGAGCUGUACCAUCCACUACCCGCGCAACUUUAAGAUCGAUCACGACGACCGGCUCUAUGGCUUCGUCAAGGGCUGGAGCACGCACAUGAUUGUGGCCACCGGCAAGACCGAUUGGCGCAUGAUGCUUUCGGCCUCCAACAUUCCGACACCCAACCACUCCUCCAACUACGCGGACCCCACCCGCGUCCUCCUCCUACCCGCCUUUGUCGUCGUCGACAAUGUCACACCGGCUCUCGUUCCCUCCGUACUCAAGAACCUGGUGAACAAGUCGCCCACUAACGCAACGCCCCUCAUCGCCUCGCCGUCGCUCCCAUCCUCGCUGCCCGCGCCCCUCACCUACCACCAGAGUCCCCACAGCGUUGUUGUUCUGCUCUGCUCUCAAAAGACCCGCGACGCCCGCUGCGGCCAGUCCGCACCCCUCAUCCGCAAAGAGCUUGAGCGCCACCUGCGGCCCCUCGGCCUGUUUCGCGACCUCGACGAUGAGCGGCCCGGCGGUGUCGGCAUCUACUUUAUCUCGCACGUUGGUGGCCACAAGUACAGCGCCAACAUGAUGGUGUACCGCCGGCCGGACGCCUUUGGCAUCGAUACCGUCAAGAGGGGCUCGCUGACCGAUGCGGAGCAGGACGCGCUGCCAGCGCGCAUCAAGUCGGUCACGCCAGCGGUUCUGCGGGGCGCGAAGGCGAAGAGCGCCGGUGACGACAGCGAGCCUGUCGCGGAGGAUGAGGCAAACGGGGACGGCGCACUGAACACGUCGGCGGCGGGUGCGUCGCAAUGCAUCUGGCUGGCACGCGUGACGCCCGAGGACUGCGAGAACAUUGUCAAGUACACGAUCCUGCAGGGCAAGGUGGUCAAGCCGGAAAGCCAGCUGCGCGGUGGAUUCGAUCGGGAGAAGGGCUUGCUGAGCUGGUAG